AUGCGGUCCGACGCUGCAGUGGAGCCGGGUUAUUUAUAUCUCUCCACGGCCGAACUGGAGAUCAGGUUACUGGAUGAUAAUGCGCAGGCGGACGUUAGCGUGACAGGGCAGAUCUCAGUGGAGGGCUUCGCCAGGUAUCUGAUCAGUGAGGAGAACAGCGUCAUUCCUCCAGAAAAACUGGACCAGAGUGAAGACAUGACCUUCCCUCUCUCUCAGUACUUCAUCAACUCGUCCCACAACACCUACCUCACAGCGGGGCAGCUCGCGGGGAACUCCUCUGUUGAGAUGUACCGGCAGACGCUGCUGUCUGGCUGUCGCUGUGUGGAGCUGGACUGCUGGAAGGGCCGGACGGCGGAGGAGGAACCCGUCAUCACACACGGCUUCACCAUGACCUCAGAAAUCUCCUUCAAGGAAGUGAUCGAAGCCAUAGCAGAGUGCGCUUUUAAGACGUCUCCGUUCCCGGUCAUCCUGUCCUUUGAGAAUCAUGUGGACUCCCCCAAACAGCAAGCCAAAAUGGCAGAAUAUUGCCGAUCGAUAUUCGGGGACGCUCUUUUGACUGAGACUCUGGAGAAAUAUCCUCUUGAGUCCGGCGUUCCUCUGCCAAGCCCUCAUGAGCUCGUGGGAAAGAUCCUCAUCAAGAACAAGAAAUCUCACCCCAAACCCUCAGACGGCAGCACUAAGAAGAAGCUGUCCGAGCAGGCGUCCAACACCAACAGCGACUCGUCCAGCGUCUUUGAGCCGUCGUCUCCCAGCGCUGGACCCGCAGCUUUAGUGCCUGCAGAGGUGGAGGCUGAGGAUGAUGAGGAUGAAGAUGAUGAUGAUGAUGACUGUAAGAAGUCCAUGGACGAGGGUACAGCAGGAUCUGAAGCCUUUGCCACUGAAGAAAUGUCCACGCUGGUCAACUACAUCCAGCCCACCAAGUUCCACUCGUUUGAGAUUUCCAAGAAAAGCAAACGCAGUUAUCAGAUGUCGUCGUUCGUGGAGACCAAAGCACUGGAGCAUCUCACCAAGACGCCGGUGGAGUUCGUCGAAUACAACAAGUUUCAGCUGAGCAGGAUUUAUCCUAAAGGAACGCGCGUGGAUUCCUCCAACUACAUGCCGCAGGUCUUCUGGAACGCCGGCUGUCAGCUCAUAGCACUCAACUUUCAGACCAUCGAUCUGUCCAUGCAGCUGAACCUCGGCAUGUACGAGUACAACGGCAAGAGCGGCUACAGACUCAAACCAGAGUUCAUGAGACGACCGGACAAGCACUUCGACCCCUUCACAGAAAGCACUGUGGACGGCAUCGUAGCCAACACCUUAUCAGUGAAGAUCAUAUCAGGACAGUUUCUGACUGACAAGAAGGUGGGCGUUUAUGUGGAGAUUGACAUGUUUGGACUCCCCGUCGACACGAGACGAAAAGCUUUCAAGACAAAGACGUCCCAGAGCAACGCCAUCAACCCUGUGUGGGACGAGGAGCCCAGCGUCUUUAAAAAAGUGGUUUUGCCCACGCUGGCAUCCCUCAGGAUAGCCGUGUAUGAAGAGGGCGGCAAGUUCAUCGGCCAUCGCAUCAUCCCCGUCUCAGCCAUUCGUCCGGGUUAUCGUUACAUCGGAUUGAGAAAUGAAAAGAAUCAAGCGCUGACUCUUCCUGCUAUAUUUGUGUAUAUCGAGGUGAAAGACUAUGUUCCUGAUACAUUCGCCGAUGUCAUCGAAGCGCUGUCCAACCCCAUCAGAUACGUCAACCUGAUGGAGCAGAGAUCCAAACAGCUGGCGGCGCUCACUCUAGAGGAGGGAGAAGAGGAGAAAGACACCAAAGAGGUGGAUCCUGGUGUUGAAAACCCUUCGGAGGUUAAAAGCGAACCCAAACCCGUCCCGGUUGAGAACGGCCUGAGUCACACGCCCAGCGCCGCUCCGAAACCCGCGUCCCAGAUCAGCCCACAGCCGCAGUCCACAGGCUCAACCAAACCAGCGGCAAAGACUGAAGAUCUGAUUCAGAGCGUCCUCACAGAGAUGGAGGCGCAGACCGUCGAGGAGCUCAAACAGCAGAAGGGCUUCGUCCGAGAGCAGAGACGACACUAUAAAGAGAUGAAGGACCUGGUGAAGAAACACCACAAGAAGACCACCGAGAUGAUCAAGGAGCACACGGCCAAAUACAACGAGUUCCAGCACGACUACCUGCGCAAACGGGCCGUCCUGCUGAAGUCUGCCAAACGAGACGGUAAGAAGAGGUGUUUGUCGUCCAGUCCUGAACACGGAGCCUCGUUCUUCGAGCAGGAGAUUUUGUAUCACUCCGUGAUCGAGAAGCUGACGGCCAUCGCUGAGGAGAGUCAGAGCAACCAAAUGAAGAAAAUCAAGGAGCUGUGUGAGAAAGAAAAGAAAGAGCUGAAAAAGAAAAUGGACAAGAAGAGACAAGAGAAGAUCAGUGAAGCCAAAUCCAAGGAGAAACACCUGACAGAAGAGGAGAAGCUGGAGAUCAACAGGUCGUAUGUGAACGAGGUGGUGCAGCACAUCAAGAGGCUGGAAGACGCUCAGACUAAAAGACACGAGAAGCUGGUAGAAACCCAUAAGAGCAUCCUGCAACAGAUAUUAGACGAGAAACCCAAGCUCCAGAACGACCUGGAUCAGGAAUACCAGGACAAAUUCCGGCGGCUUCCACUGGAGAUCCAGGAGUUUGUGCAGGAAAGCACCAAGAGAAAGACUGAGGACGGAGAGCAGGAGCUUCUGCCCUCAUCCUCCUCCACGCUGGAGAAACUCAUGCAGAAAGGCGCACAGUCUGAAGACGACACGGAGGAGGACAAGAAAGACUGAUGUCGGAAACCUUCAGGAUCUCUUCCCACUUCACUUUCACGUUCCUUCAUUUCCAAACUAGAGAUUUGUAAGGCUUGCGUUUACUCCUGCAGACGAAGGAGGGUUUGUGUCGCAUCAGAAACACGGCUUCAUGUCACGCUGGG